AUGCAGUUAAAAGGAAAGUUGGAUAUCACACAGAAAAAAAACAAGAUUACCGGGGAGUCUCAGUCAGAUGAGAUGCACGAUGCUUUAAGUGAUUACGAGAGCAUGGAUGAAAGUGAACAAGAACCGGAAGAUGCUAAUGUUGAAAAUCAGAAAGCUGAAUAUGAAAACUCGUCUAGCGAAGAAGAAGAUUUGAAGUACACCGAAAUGCUUUCAAAUGCACAAGACAUUGA